CUGUCCUGGAAAAGCCUCUAGAAAAGAAGGCUGGCAGAAAUUAUGGCCCCCCAGGCAACAAGAAGCUUAUCUAUUUCAUCGAUGACAUGAACAUGCCUGAGGUGGACGCCUACGGGACUGUGCAGCCCCACACCAUCAUCCGGCAGCAUCUGGACUAUGGCCACUGGUAUGAUCAGAGCAAGCUGUCCCUGAAGGAGAUCAGGAAUGUCCAGUAUGUUUCCUGUAUGAACCCCACCGCAGGCAGCUUCACCAUCAACCCACGGCUUCAGCGUCAUUUCAGCGUGUUCGUCCUCUCCUUCCCGGGAGCAGACGCCCUGGCCUCCAUCUACGGCACCAUCUUGACUCAGCACCUAACGUUUGGACACUUCCCAGCGGCCCUGCAGAAAUCCAGCCCCCAGCUCAUCAAUCUGGCCCUGACCUUCCACCAGAAAAUUGCCACCACGUUCCUACCCACAGCGAUCAAAUUCCACUACGUUUUCAACCUCAGAGACUUUGCCAACAUUUUCCAGGGCAUUCUCUUCUCCUCAGUAGAAUGUGUAAAAUCCACACAGGACCUAGUAAAGCUCUAUCUGCAUGAAUCAAAUCGGGUUUAUCGGGAUAAGAUGGUGGAAGAAAAGGACUUUGAUCUUUUUGAUAAAAUCCAGACAGAAGUGGUCAAGAAAAUUUUUGACGAUAUUGAUGAGACUGUGGAGCAGACCCGAAGCCUGAAUAUGUACUGCCAUUUUGCCAGUGGUAUCGGUGAGCCCAAGUACAUGCCCGUCCAGUCGUGGGAACUUCUGACCCACGCUCUGGUGGAAGCCCUGGAGAACCACAAUGAAGUCAACACAGUGAUGGACCUGGUUCUCUUUGAGGACGCCAUGCGCCACGUAGAGAUGUCAAAGCCACCCAUCUGUGUUCCAUUUCUCCCAGGAGAGAUCCCAGACCUCUACUCUGAUGAUGAAGUCGAAAACAUCAUAAACAAUGUGAGGAAUGAAGUCAAGAGCCAAGGUCUUGUUGACAACAGAGAGAACUGUUGGAAGUUUUUUAUAAAUCGGGUCCGACGACAACUGAAGGUGACUCUCUGUUUUUCCCCUGUGGGAAACAAGCUGAGAGUCCGCAGCAGGAAGUUCCCGGCCAUUGUGAACUGCACGGCCAUCGACUGGUUCCACGAGUGGCCUCGGCAGGCACUGGAGUCCGUCAGCCUCCGCUUCUUACAGAACACAGAAGGCAUUGAGCCCACAGUCAAGCAGUCAAUUAGCAAGUUCAUGGCUUUUGUGCACACAAGUGUCAACCAGAUGUCUCAGUCUUAUCUGAGCAAUGAGCAGCGCUACAACUACACAACUCCCAAAUCAUUCCUGGAGUUCAUCAGACUCUACCAGAGCUUGCUGCACAGAAAUGGAGAAGAGCUCAAGUCCAAAAUUGAGCGUCUCGAGAAUGGGCUGCUGAAGCUUCACAGCACGUCUGCACAGGUGGAUGGGCUGAAAGCCAAGCUGGCCGCCCAGGAAGGGGAGCUGAGGCAGAAGAAUGAAGACGCGGACAAGCUGAUUCAGGUGGUUGGCAUAGAGACGGACAAGGUGAGCAGAGAGAAGGCCAUGGCGGACGAGGAGGAGCGGAGGGUGGCCCUCAUCAUGCUCGAGGUGAAGCAAAAGCAGAAGGACUGUGAGGAGGACCUGGCCAAGGCGGAGCCGGCGCUCACGGCAGCCCAGGUGGCUCUCAACACCCUCAAUAAGGUUAAGGCCUCGAAGGCCCUAAACAGACCCCCACCCUAUAUCAGGAGAAAACACCAGAGUCUCUACUGGGAACCUGGCUACCUCCAAACCCUAGAGCGUGCCCUGGAGGCUGGAGAUGUGGUGUUGAUCGAAAACCUAGAAGAGUCCGUUGAUCCUGUUCUGGGACCCCUGCUUGGGAGAGAGGUCAUCAAGAAAGGACGAUUCAUUAAAAUUGGAGACAAAGAGUGUGAAUACAAUCCCAGGUUCCGGCUCAUCCUUCACACCAAGCUAGCCAAUCCUCACUACCAGCCCGAACUGCAGGCUCAGGCCACCCUGAUCAACUUCACGGUGACCAGGGAUGGCCUGGAAGACCAGCUGCUGGCUGCUGUGGUCAGCAUGGAGAGGCCGGACCUGGAGCAGCUGAAGUCAGAUCUCACGAAGCAGCAGAAUGGGUUCAAAAUCACCCUGAAGACCUUAGAAGACAACCUGCUAUCUCGCCUCUCCUCAGCAUCUGGGAACUUCCUGGGGGACACGGCCUUAGUGGAGAACCUGGAGACCACCAAGCAGACAGCCGCCGAAGUUGAGAAGAAG